AAGCACUUAAAGAUAUAUUUUAUCACAGGUACCUGGGUAAAUAAAGGUUUAGGCACUGUUCAGAUGGAGACAAACGGUUUAGUCUGGAAUUACGUAGCACCUCAACUUGGUAACUGGAUUGCUGCACCACCACCAUCGUCAGGUUAUAUGGGGCUCGCAAGCUCAAUGGAUUUCAUUUCCUACCACACAUACCUUCUUGUGGGUAUCUUGGGAGGAACUCUUGUGAUAGCCAUUGGAUUUUUAUCUGUGAUUGUAUUUCACUGCAGAGAUUUAAACUAUGAAGCUGGAAGAAAGCGAUGGAAUUCCACCAGGCUCACUGUACUGAAGAAAGACCAGACCACUUCCACCAGCUCUGAUGAGGCUCAAGAACUUUUCUUUCAUAAUGGGGACCGGUCUUUCUCUCUGGCUGCAAGAGGCAUCGGCCAUGAUGCAUCAGACUCUCCACGUCACCAAGCCAACUACAACAUUUAUGUGGAAAAUGUUGGCCGGCCAGCGGGCAAUCUGUACGAGAAUAUUGGAGCUGUGGGAUUAGAAAGCUUCAGAGCCCCAGUGUCUAAUAUCUAUGUUAAUAGUGACGAAGUUGCAAAGCUACGGGAAAAAUCUGAACAGAAUGGCUCAUGCCAGAAUGGAGCGGAGAAUGUAGUUUUCAGAGACAAGCUGUUCCACAUCUAUAACCAGUCCGUGGCAAUUGGACCAGCCCCAGAGUUGUUCACUUCCCAGGGACAAGCUGACCCAUCUGGAAGUAGAUCUGCCACUUUCCCACGGAAUGGCAUGGAGCAUGGAGCUCAGACGGAGCGUAACUUAAAAGACAGUUUCACUCAGACAUUACCUAAAGUUCCCCAGCAGGACAGCGAUGAGCAGCAGGCUCUGGAAGGAGUGCAAGCCGCUGCUGCAAACCCAGGGUUAUGGGGCCGCUACAGUCAUCUCCUGGAAUCCGUAUCUGUCCCAGGAACUUUGAACGAAGCAGCCAGAAUGGGGCCUUUCCGUGGGGAACUCCAGGGAAUAUCAGAGCAAACCUUACUGGAUCUCUCCAAGGGUAAGCCGUCCAUUCACCCGCCCCGGGCCUGGUUUGUGUCUCUUGAUGGUAAACCAGCAGCCCAGGUUCGUCACUCUGUGAUUGAGCUUCAGGGAAGACAUCGUCCAGGCAGCAGCAAUGACACAAGCUUGGACUCUGGAGUGGACAUGAACGAGCUGCAGCAGCCUCUGCGGAAAAGCGAGGAACCUUCAAGCUCUAGCAUGGCUAAAAUGAGUGGAAAUCAAGAGCAGGACUUGAGCAGCAGUGAAAUUGGGA